AUGGCCAAUCACCCUUCCGAACCUCCCACCGACGACUUCCUCGAGCAAAUCCUCGGUCUCACCCCCUUCGUCUCCGCUGGCCCCGCCGAUGCCUCUCCGAUAAUGCUCCAGCUCAACUCUGGCGAUGCCGCCACCCACCUCGCUGCCGGAGCUGCCUUCCACGCGCCGCCCUACCAACUGGGCCUCAGCUUGGACCAAGGUAAGGGAGGCUUCCUCUCGCCCGAAGAUGCUUCUGGAAGCAGCAACCGCUUCCGCAACGACGUCAUUGAUACCAGGCCUAAGAACGUUUUUCAUGGACAACCCAUGCCAACUACUAUUCCUACAGCCCCAAAUCCACCGGCAGUGCGACCUAGAGUGCGGGCUAGAAGAGGACAAGCUACAGAUCCACACAGUAUAGCUGAAAGGUUGCGAAGAGAGAAAAUAGCAGAAAGAAUCAGGGCUUUGCAAGAACUUGUUCCUAGUGUGAACAAGACAGAUAGAGCUGUCAUGCUGGACGAAAUUGUGGAUUAUGUCAAGUUCUUAAGGCUUCAAGUGAAGGUUUUGAGCAUGAGUAGAUUGGGUGGUGCUGGUGCUGUGGCACCAUUAGUAACUGACGUCCCAUUAUCAUCAGUUGAGGAAGAAGGAAAUGAUGGAAGAAAUCAGCCAGCGUGGGAGAAGUGGUCAAAUGAUGGCACAGAGAGACAGGUAGCUAAGCUCAUGGAAGAAAAUGUUGGGGCUGCCAUGCAGUUUCUUCAAUCAAAAGCACUCUGCAUCAUGCCUAUCUCACUGGCAUCAGCAAUAUACCAGUCACAACCAUCAGACAGCUCUAGUAUAAUUAAACCUGAAACUAAUCCUCCUUCAUAG